AUGGACGGCUACGAUCACUUAUUCAAACUCCUACUGAUUGGAGAUGCCGGUGUAGGCAAGAGCAGUAUGCUGCUUCGAUUCACGGACGACACGUUUGACGACAACCUCCAGAGCACAAUUGGUGUGGACUUCAAAGUGAAGAUGAUGCAGGUGGACGGCAAGAAGAUCAAAAUGACGAUUUGGGACACCGCCGGGCAGGAGCGCUUCCGCACGCUUACCAGCUCGUAUUAUAGAGGCGCGCAGGGCAUCGUUCUGGUGUACGAUGUCGCUCGACGAGACACAUUUGAGAAUUUGGACUUGUGGCUACAGGAGGUGGAGGUGUACAGUCCGGCUGGUGGACGCGAUGUAGUGAAGCUGCUAGUGGGCAACAAGAUUGACAAGGAACGAGUGGUGAGUCGUCGGGAGGCGGAGGACUGGGCGCGGUCUAAAGGCAUGCUGUUCGUCGAGAGCAGUGCAAAGACCAAGAUCGGCAUCCAGCAAGUGUUCAACGAAGUAGUGCAAAAGAUCCUGGAGAACCCUGCGCUACUGUCCAAUACGGCACCGCGCAGUCGCGGACGAAAGCUCGAUGCCAAAGCGGAGAAGAGCGGCGGUGGCAACGGAUGCUGUUAG